GUGUGCUCUGUGCUUAGGUGAGCUGGCGAAACGCCUUAAUGUAUUUGUCACUGAACGAAAGUGGAAUGUUUUCUGUAGCUAGUUAAAUCGAUUGAAAAAAGGAUAAGUGAAAAUGGUAUAUAACUAGCCCUGUCUCCAGCAGCUUCCCAGAAUUUCCCCAAUGCAUCAUCAGAGUGCAUGGGUGGUGGAUUAUCUUACCAAAUUGACCAGAUUGUGAAAUCUACCAUUUCCAUUCAGACAGCAAACCAAAGGACAAACCAUUCUGACCAGUCCUGAACCGAUACUUAAUUCAUAUGAAAUUUGCCGAUACAAAGUUAAUUUUUAUCCCCAGAGCAGUACACUUUAAAAUAACUGGGUCUAAUCUGAUCUAUAUUUUUAAACAUUGCCAGAAUGGUCCCUGCAAUGGAAGCCGCAGACAUUGCUGUUGUGGCACUUUACUUCGUGCUGGUCUUAUCCAUUGGCUUCUUUGCCAUGUGGAAGGCUAACCGGAGCACAGUUCAUGGCUACUUUCUAGCUGGACGUUCCAUGACCUGGGUUGUCGUCGGGGCAUCUCUCUUCGUCAGUAACAUCGGCAGCGAGCAUUUCAUCGGCCUGGCAGGAUCGGGGGCGGCCAGCGGGUACGCCGUGGGGGCCUGGGAAUUCAACGCGCUGCUGCUCCUGCAGCUUUUGGGAUGGGUUUUCAUUCCAGUCUACAUCCACUCAGGGGUGUACACCAUGCCAGAAUACCUCUCCAAGCGCUUCGGGGGGAAUCGGCUGAAAGUCUACUUCGCUGCCCUCACCCUGCUGCUAUACAUCUUCACGAAGCUCUCUGUGGACUUGUACUCGGGGGCUCUGUUCAUCCAGGAGUCUCUGGGGUGGAACCUUUACCUGUCUGUGAUCCUGCUGAUCACCAUGACGGCCGUGAUGACAGUCACCGGGGGGCUGGCGGCCGUCAUCUACACCGACACGCUCCAGGCGCUUCUCAUGAUCGCUGGCGCCGUCACCCUGACAGUCAUCAGUCUGGUGAAAGUCGGGGGUCUGGAAGGGGUGCGGACGAAGUACAUGCAGGCCAUCCCGAACGUCACCGCGAUCCUGGCGUCCGGCAACUUCACCUACACCAACACCUGCCACAUCCACCCCAAGCUAGAUUCGCUCAAGGUUUUGCGCGACCCCUUGGACGAGGACAUCCCUUGGCCCGGGUUCCUCCUGGGCCAGACCCCGGCCUCCAUCUGGUACUGGUGUGCCGAUCAGGUCAUUGUCCAGAGGGUACUGGCCGCGAAGAACAUCGCCCACGCCAAAGGGUCGACCCUCAUGGCGGGUUUCCUGAAGAUCCUGCCCAUGUUUAUCAUCGUUAUCCCAGGGAUGAUCUCCCGUAUCCUGUUUCCAGAGGAGCUCAUCUGCAUCAGCCCGGAGCACUGCAUGGAGGUGUGUGGAAGCCCGGCAGGGUGCUCCAACAUCGCCUACCCUCGCCUGGUCAUGAACAUCAUGCCGGUGGGAUUGCGAGGCCUCAUGAUGGCAGUGAUGAUCGCUGCCCUGAUGAGUGACCUGGACUCCAUCUUCAACAGCGCCAGCACCAUCUUCACCCUAGACAUAUAUAAGAUGCUGAGGAAACACGCAUCGUCCAGGGAGCUGAUGGUGGUGGGAAGGCUCUUUGUAGUCUUCAUGGUGGCGAUCAGCAUUGCUUGGGUCCCAGUCAUUAUUGAGAUGCAAGGAGGGCAGAUGUACCUGUACAUUCAGGAGGUUUCUGACUACCUCACCCCACCUGUCGCUGCCCUGUUCCUGUUGGGGGUUUUCUGGAAGCGCUGCAAUGAGACCGGCGCCUUUUGGGGAGGGGUAACUGGUUUUGUCUUGGGUACCAUCCGCUUGAUCCUGGCCUUUGUGUACCGGGAGCCUCGCUGUGAUCAGCCCGACGACAGGCCAGCUUUCAUCAAAGACAUUCACUACAUGUAUGUGGCGGCCAUGCUGUUCUGGAGCUCUGCAAUGGUGACGGUGGUGGUCAGCCUCUGCACUUCACCUCCAAGCAAAGAGCAGAUCGCCACCACAACCUUGUGGGGGCUGGACUGUAAGGAGAAGCUGCCAGUGAAAGACGCGGAGGAGGCCUUCAAGCUUACUGACAGGGGUCCGCAUCACUGCAAUGGAACCGGCAGCCUGCAUAAGCAGCUUCCCUCGGACGUCCAGAAAGACAGGGGUGUAGAUGAGGCGGAUAUCGGGCUGCUGGUUCCUCCUGUGGACCAUCCCACGACUCCCGGCCCGGAGACUUCGACGGCUGUGGAACGCUGUGGAAACGGCCAUGCAGGCCUGGUGCAUGAGCCCUGUCCUGAGGACGGUGGCGGCACCGUCGGGGAGGGUGGGAAGUGCACAAAGGUGAUGGACUGGUUCUGUGGUUACAAGGAGCCAGCAGCAAAGGCCGUGUCCAGUAACGCAGAGGAGGACCAGCGCCUCAUUGUGGCGAUGCUUCACGAGCCUCCCAGAACCAGACUGGUUCUCAACCUGGGCCUGGUGGCAGUGUGCUCUCUAGGAGUCUUCUUGUUUGUCUAUUUCUCUUUGUAGUGUGCGACUGGAUUGGAAAUGAGAGAUAACAGCACCGUGAAAUUUGCAAAGAUUUGCUAUGACAAGUGAUUUGGACUCUGUAAUAUUUACAGCUUCAUAAAGGGUUCAUAUUGCAAUAAUUAGAAUAACUUUAAAAUGAUGCA